AUGGCGAUAGCUUUGAAGGGAGCGAGGGCAGAGUGCCCCGCGCAGGCGUUCCGCAAGUAUUGUGACCGCUUCCCUCCCACGGAAUUUCAAUCCUUGCCCGACGACCUCUACCCCCACGGCUCCUAUAACGACAUAAUUCCCGUCGGUUCGCGGCCCGACCCCAGCGUUUGGGAGCGAGAAUUUGACAAAGACACGAGCUCGGUGCACCUCAUUCACUUCGGGUGGGCUCUUGACGAGGCGUGGGCUCUCAGAUUCGCGGCAUACCACAACAUAUGCAUCGACAUGAAGAGGUUCAUGAGGGAGUUUCAGUUCGAGCGGAGCGGCUGCCCACGUCGCAUCGACUUCGCGAACCUCACCCCAGACACGAUUACAACCAUGCAGCAGAACGGCAGGUACUGGAGGAGCGUCUGGAUCCAGAUGCAGGAUACCAUCUACGCACUCGCCGAGAGGAAGUUUCCGCAGCUGAACCUCCAGCUAGGGUGUCCCAUCAGCUACGAUGCCCGGAUGAUGCUCGCACUAUUCAACAACCAUAACAUCACGAAGCGCGCGUGGCUCACGGGUUGCCACACUCGCGAGCCACUCGCGGCCACCAUACAAAGGGUCGCCGAAUGGUUGACCGUCCCGGGUUCCGAGCCACUGGUUCCGAUGUGGUGGUACGAAUACGACUCUCCCCUGAUUGAACGGUUUGGCGUAGACAACCAGUAG